AUGGGCAACAGCUCGGUCUAUGCUGUUCACAACAGAGAACAUUCACUCUCUACAGGCCAGUCUCAUCUCGAAAAACAAAUGUCAGAGCUUAAACUCACAAUGAAAAGCCUUCAACAGGACAUCAGCAACAUGCAACUCCAGCUAGAGCAGCAGCUUCUGCUGAUUAACAAUUUCAGCCAACGCAAAUCUAGAGUUGAUCAAGGCUACGGCAGAUCGUAG